CCCGCUCCCCCGCCGUGCCGCCACCAUGGCGCUGGAGGCCCGCCGUCCUCCGAACGCGCGCUCUAUCGCAUCCGGCGCCAGCGACAAGCGAUCACGAACAAAGGCUUCCGCUGGACCCGUCCCCCUCGCCAAACGCCUGCUCUUCCCCCACCUCACCACGAAUGCCCUGCCUCCAUUACUGCUCACGCCCUCACGACCCCCCGAACUUGAUGACGAACUGUACGACUUUAUUGCACUGGCCUUGAGAGCCUUUGUGAACCCCUGGUGGACGAAGAUUACGCGCUAUGACAAGGAGUUUCUGCCGGAUAUUACCAGGAUUCUGACCCAUGUUCUGCGCGCGCUGGAAGCACGAUUGUUGGCUGCCGAUGCCGCGCCCCUCUUGCUGCACGACCUCCCCAUCCUUGUAACACAACACAUACGCGACUACCGGGACGCCGAACGCAAAGCACGCUCCGCGUACGCGUCGGGCGGCGCCCUGGGCCUCUCGCAGCUCUUUCACCAGCUGCAGCCACAUCUCGCUGUGACGCCGGAGGGCGGGGUGCACGACGAGUACUUCAGGCAGGUGGUGGACCAGAUCUUGAAGGCUGUGCUACCUGCGAAGGACUAUGCGCCGGAGGCGGAGCGCUUCAUUGUGCGCGAGAUCAUCGUGAAGAUCGUCGCGAAUGAUAUACUGCCGAGGGUCACGCAGCCUUGGUUCAUCAACAAGGUCAUCCUUGACCAGUUGAAGCUGGAUGAGGCUGCUCAGCCUCCCUCGCCUCGCGCGCAGACCACUCCCGAAAGCCAAGGCUUCUCUUUCCACCGCCUCAUCGUUCUCUUUCUCUCCACCAUUCAGGCCAUCUCCACCGCCUGCCUCGCCCUCACCCAUGCCUACAAGCGCGUCGCCCAUACUGUCAAGCUCGUCAAUGAGUCCGCCGCUAAUUCCCCUCAUCCAUCUCCGUCUUUAUCCUCCUCUCCUCGAAUACCCCAGCUCUCGCCUCCGACAUCUAUACCCGCGUCAAUCUCGGUGACGCCAAUCAUCUCGCCAACGCCCUCGGUUUCGUCCGUGGCAUCUUCUGCGCCAACACCGGGGGAGCCGGCGGAUGCGGAGACGGGGGAUGGAGUGGGCGACUACGCGUCACCGGCGCUGAACUUGGUCGAAGAGCUGUUCAUGACCGACGACCGUCUUGCGGCGCGCACCAUCAUGUCCUCCGCGCACCUGAGCGCGAGCGCGGCGCAGCCAUUCCUCGACAAAUUCCUCCGCCACACGCUUUCUCAGUCUCUUUCCGGCGAUCUUGUCCUCACCCUCGUACGCACGGGCAAACGCCUGCUCUUCCCCAACGGCUACCCACAGCCGUCUCCCCCGGAUCCGACGCCUGAGGAGCAAGCACGCACGCGCGAGCGUAUAACGCAGUGGCAGCCCCCUAAUGGUUCUGCUGCUCGAAUAUUGCCCUACUUCCUGGGUCCGGACCCGCCAGCAAUCAUUGGCGCUGCGCUCGACCCGUUCUCAGACGCAGCAUGUAAUAUGCAUUUGGUGGUGAUGAUUCUGGAGAGAGUACUGUGUGAGCUGUUCCCGGAAUUGGUAGGAGGGUCUGCGCCUGUUCAGCAGGAUGCGCAGGAGGGGAAGGAAGAAGGAAGGACAAGUUGACGUCGAUUGAGUGUAGCAGGUCGUUGUGCAAUGUGUAACACGAUGCCCAACGAUGGCACGGUAUAUUUGGUGCUCAUAUUCGUCCGGUC